UUUGAAUGUCCCUUGAUGUAUGAAAUUUCGCACCACGGUGGCAGAGAUAAUAGUGUCAGAAGUUCGGUCACAGCAUGUAAGAAGGCACUUUGCAGUAACAGUUUGCUGGAAUCAACAGACUAUUGGCUCCAAAAUCAGAAGACACCAUGUCGAAUUGGCAUCAUGGAGGACAAGAUGGAAAAGAAUUGUACCUCUUGUUCUUGGCUGGCAGAUAUAUGUCUUCUUCAGUGUGCAAGAGGAAACCAAAGGAAGAACACAAGCUGCAUCAUCUUUGAAAUAAACAAGUUUCUGAUUGGCCUGGAGCUCGUACAGGAAAAGCAGCUGCAUAUAGAGUCCUCUAGCUUGAAGCUAGAAGAUGAUACGAACUGCUCGGUAUCUUCAAUAGAAGAAGAUUUUCUCACAGCAUCAGAACACUUUGAAGAUGAAGAUGAUGAAUAUAAACAGGGUGAGGAAAAUAUGCAUCUUGCAGCUGAAUUCAAAAAGCACAGUGAAGGAGAUUGUGAAGACUUGCACUGCAAAAAGGCCCAAGUGCCCUUUUUCCUGAAAGGUAGCUGCAUUAGCCAUGAUAGCACGGCUUCUACUAGAUCUUCAGAGUCAUCUGAAGAAGAAUAUAAUAGUGACGCUGAAGACAAUGUUGUAGAAACUGUCGAUGAAGCCAUUAAGCAGCUUAAUUGGAAAGUUGGAAAGUAUAAUACAACUGGGAAAUGUAAGCCAUUCUCCAGCACUGAUGCUCAGAAGGACUUUUGCAAAAGUAAUAACAACAAAUCAGAAAAUGUAUGUUUGACCAUAGCAACUAAAGAGGAUGUUAUUUUAUUGGAUGAUCUAGCUGCAGGACAAAAAAGUCAUUUGGACACGUUAAACUGUAAAGUUGAAAGAACACCUCAUCCUCUCAUUCAAAAUGAUCAGGCUCCUACAGGUCAGUUUGCUACAAAUUUGGCAGAGUCUGUCCUGCAAGAUGCAUUCAUUAGAUUGUCUCAGUCAACUUGUACCAAAGAAAGUGCUCUCAGCAUCUCGGUCAGCAACCCUUCAACAGCACAUGCAACACAGAAUGAAAUGGCUUGUCGUUCAUGGAAUGCACUUCCAAAAAUCGUUAUUGUUCAGAGCCCAGAUGGUUCUGAUAAGUCUGAGUGGCCUGGAUCUAACUUUCCAAGCUUACAUCCUUGGUCUGAAGUUGAACAUUCUUCUGAUGCAGAUUUUUUUGAAAACAAUAGUCCCAAUAAAAGUAUUCAGAGUCCUUUGGAGAUAGCUUUGGCUUGUGCAGCUACUGUCAUUGGUACCAUAUCAAGUCCACAUGCUGCAGAAAAGCUCAGAGAACAGGAAUCCCUGAGCUCUGCAAUGAUUGUGAGUAAUUGUGAAGUGGAGAAAAAUACUUCCCCAAGUACCAACAGUAAUUGUAACUCUGUAAGUUACUCAUUUCUACAUGACCUUUCAGACAUGGUUCAGAUGGCAAAUGUAGUUGCUGUUCAUGGACUUGGUGAAAAAAAAGAUAUGUAUCCUGUAACUUCAAGUGGACUCUUAUCUGCAGCUGAGACAUCAGCAGCUUUUACACUCCAUUGUAGCAUAGCCAUUGGAAGCACAAUGGAGAAUCUGAACAAUAGCAUUGCACAAGUCUUGUUCAAAGAGGCAUCUCUAGUAUUAACCAGACCUCAUGCAUACAGAACUAUGGGAGAAUUUAUGGAGUCUGUAAAUGGAAAAAUAAUUCAGGCUGCAACAAAGCCCUCUACCGGCCUCCUGGAUGAAGUCAUUGUUGAUGAACUUGCCCAGAAUUUAUCCAAUAUUAUUCUCAGGCAUUCUGUGGAGGAAGUUAGAAAGAAACAAUGCUCAGAAAAGAACAUAGAUGCAGGUUUCGAAAGCACACAAGAUGUUUUUACUGCAACUGCAAAUCAGCUUCUCUUUAAUGUAUUUUACUUCACUUGCAAGAAAAUGAAUGACAUUACACAGCUUAAUGAAUGCUCAAAUACUUUCAUUCCAGAUACGUUUAGCAAACAGGUAAUGGACUGCCAACCAAAAGAGACAAAAAAUGAUGUAUUGCAUCAGUCCUCAAGCUGCUACAAUAAUAAGCUCACCAGUAAUUUCCAUGACACGGAUGGUCUAUUAAUGACAAAUGUGGCAAAUACUGUCAAAGAGGAAAUUAUGCCAAAUGCCUUGGAAUCUCUAUCUACAGUCAACGCUCUGAGUUCACCCUCCAGAAAAACAUCUUCCAAGAAAAGAUAUUUGAAAAGAAUUACAAAAGAAUGCUACAGGCCCAUAAAUCUAAAUAGCAAUCACAUGAAGACAGAACUCUCUCCAUUUAGUGGCAGAGAAAACCAGACAUUAGGCAGUGAAGGCAUACAUGGCCUUCAAGAAUUUCUAACUUCCAGUGUCUCCAUAAUAACAGAAAAUCAUGAGGAGCCCAUAUGUGAUGCUGCAUGGCACAAUGACAGACAGCUUAGUGUACCAUUCUUGGGUAAUCAAGGUAUUCUGCCUACCCGACCUCUGGUAUAUUUGAUGCAUCCAGCAGAGAAAUACUGCAUAACAGACUUUGCAGAAGAAUUGGCAGAAACAGUGGUUUCCAUGGCAACAGAAAUUGCUGCCAUUUGCCUUGAUAAUUCAAAUGGCAAGCAGCCUUGGUUCUGUGCAUGGCAAAGAGGAAGUGAUUAUUUGAUGCCCCAGGCUCUGCCAUGUCGACCUAUGAAAAGGAAAAAGGAAACCCAAACCAGCGGAUCCUCUGUGAGAAAACAUCGGCCACCUAGACUCAGUGAGAUCAAAAGAAAAACCGAUGAGCAUCCUGAAUUAAAAGAAUGGCUUAUGAAUAGGGUAGUGGAUGACUCAAUUAACCUUGAUGACACACUUGAUUUGAGCAAUAACUUUGCAAAUGAAGCAGCUGCCAAAAUUAUGAACUUAGCCGAGUUUUCUGUGGCUGAUAAUGUAUGGCAGAAUCCAAGCCAUCCUCAAAAUAGGCUCCAUUGUGACCGAUGGAAUAGAGUCAAUGCAUCCAGUUGUGAAAGUAUUCCUGAAGAGGACUUGGAUUCUAAAGGAUCUGUAAAUACUUUGGCUCUCAUAAAUAUUUUAGGACAGCCAAUAAGCAGGACUAGUUCAGUCUCCAAGCAGUCUAGUUGUGAAAGCAUUACCGAUGAGUUUUCAAGGUUUAUGGUCAACCAGAUGGAAACUGAAGGCCGAGAGUUUGAUUUACUACUGGACUACUAUGCUGGAAAAAAUGCCAAUAAUAUUAUAACAUCUGCACUGCAACAAGUCACCAAAAAGAAUGGCCACCUCAAUGUAAAGCCAAGUUGCCCAUCCAAACAGUCAAGCACCGAAAGCAUAACUGAAGAGUUUUAUAGGUACAUGUUAAAGGAAAUUGACAAAGAACAUAAAGAAAAAGUAUAUUCUGCUAAGAAUGCAAAGGAAUGGAGCAGCAGCUUAUUACUUCCCUCUCAACGAUCAUCUUUUUGUUUCAGACAAUCUUCAGUCCCUGACAACAGAUCUUCAGUAUCUAGGCUAACAGUAAAUAUGCCCAUUAAGGCAAAUUCAUUAGAUGGCUUUUCUCGUAGCGGCCACCGGGAUUCCUUAAAUGUCUAUCCAGUCAACACAGCAUCUUCUUCAGGACUCUGUAAAUCAGAUUCUUACCUUUACCAAAGAUGUAGGACUGAUCAGGCAACUGACAUGCUCAUUCAUGAGACCUGGGCAAACUCCAUUAAAGCUCUGAUGUGCAAGAACAAAAUAAUUCUAGAUAGCGGGGAGGUUGCACAGCCUGAACAGCAUCCACCACAUGUUCAGCAAUAUGCACACAGACUCGCUGCAAAUAUUGUUGAAAGUGGGAAAACUUUAAUUGCCGUCCACCAAGAUUCCAUAAAGAAAGAUCAUGUCACAGAAAGCAGCCAUAUCCCAUCAGGGAUGCAAAACUACUCAAAACCAUUUGGAGACAGAAGAUAUUUAGAUGAGAAAGAACAGCAGGCCUCAUUCCCUGGAUUGUUUUCUAUAAAAAACAUGAGCUCUUCUUCUUGCCUCAGGGAAGUGCCUUUAAUUCAGAUUGAAACAGAUCAAAGACAAGACCUUGAUAAUGCCUCAGCGCCUUUAAAUGGAAUUAAUGUCACCUCUGGCAAAGCAAGAGAAGAUCUACUCAAAGGGAAACCCAUAGAUGCUGAUUCAGGACAACAGCUAAUUUCCUCAAAAAGCCAUGGUUUGGCAGUGAGUAGUUGCCCUGAAUCUGAAGCCUCUGUGGACAAUACAGCAGUGGAAGAGUUUCCAGUCCCUCUUAGCAGCAGUGAAGAAAGCACAUGUAGCAGCUGGUGCCAGCUGGCAAACAAUCCUGAUGAUACAAGCAGCUAUUUGCAACUCAGCGAGAGAUCUAUGAGCAAUGGCAACAGCAGUACUUCUAGCAGUCUUGGCAUUAUGGAUCUGGAAACUUAUCAGGAAAACAUACCAUCUUCUCAUGCAUUUAACAUUACAGCUCCAAACAGUUUUUAGAUGUUGUGCAGUUUGUGCACCGGAAGUGCUGGAACGUGGGUGAUAUCUUUCAUGCUGUGGUACGAUUUUGUAAGCUUCAUGAAGAAACCAAAGGGCCGACUCUGAGUCUCUUUGACUGGCUUCUUGAGCUAGGAUAAAAACCUUCUUAAAAGAUAUUAUUUGCAUUUUUAUUCCAUUUUAAGCGGCAGUGAUCUGUAAGUGGCCCUGUUUUAUUCAAAAUCUCAACAUAGAGCUGAAAAGUAUCCAUUCUGCUGCUACAUCAUGACCCUGUUCCAAAGCAGUGCAAAGAAGGGAAGUGAGGAGUGAGGACAGGGCAGAAAGAGAGAAGUGAAGAGCCAAUGUAAAAUAUGUAGGACUUUGUAGUUUUGAAUGCAUUGCUCUUGGAAAGAAUAGGAUUUGCAAUUAAAUGACUGGGUUUUUUUUCCUACAGAAUCUAAAUGAAAAAGACAUUUUCCACUAUCUGCCAGCUAUGUAUUUACUACUAACUGGAAUCCCAGUAACAAAAGUCAGUUAAAAAAAUCUUUGUAUUUAUAGUUCAAAUUCCUAGUGAUUAUACAAUGACAAAUGAGUAUAUAUCAGAUGUCCUUAAAUGAAUUCUAUAUUGUUCUGCUUUCAAUCUAUUCCCAAGGAGCAAAUUAAGAUCUAUGCUGACGCUGCACUGAAAAGCCUGAAAGUCAUUCCACAAGUGUGUCCGUUCUGCUGAAAGAAUUAAGCCCAACAGCUUUUUAAAUGAGUUCUUAAAACUCAUGUUCAGUGAGUAUAAUGCUGGUCUCUCCUUUAGUAGAAUCGAGUCUCACUGGGAAUUCUAGACACUUGCCUGAAUGGCCACUGUCAAAAUAUUAGCAUUUCCCAGUUUUAACAAUGAUUCAUGUGUUUUAUAAAACUAUUUUCAAUCUCUGAAUAAAUAAUAGAAACAUGUACUCUGAGUAAGUUUGCAGUGGGUUCAGUCAGGAAUUAAAUAGUCAUUUAAUUCCAAAAGUAAAAUAAGUUCAAUUAGGCAAACCUGGAAAAUAAUGGCUUUCCAUUAUGCCUUAAUAGGAAGAUUAUACUGAUGAAAUGUUUCAUACUAUUAACAACAGUUUAUUUCUAACAUCUUUAAGCUAAUGUAUCCUUUUAUUGUAAAUAUUUGAAGUAUAGUACAUAAGAUUUUUCUUACAGAAAAAUGUACUUGUCAAAAGCUAGUACCUUGCUACUCAGAAAAAUAGUUCUCAUCCUAUUCAAACAUUCUUUGUAACAGCUAAAGAAUCUGAUUUUAAUAUAUACAGUAAUCAAGGAAGUAAAUUAGGUUGCAGUAAACAAAAUCUUCAGCUUACUACUUGGUAAAUAGCUCCAGUACAACUUGCCAAUAUCCAUUGCUAGUAGUUUUCAUUGUGGCACGAUUAUGAUAUUGAACAUUUAUUUCACAAAAAGGGGUGCUUUUCACUAUAGGAUUAUGAUUUUAGAAUGUAUCCAAAAAUAACAUUAUUUUGCACUAUUUUAAAAGCAAUUUUUAAUUCAGUAUAGAGAGCCAUAAUUACCACCAUUUCC